AUGGCGCUCGCAAUAACAGACCCUUUCAACAGAUUACCGCCAGAGCUGCGCCUCCGGGUUCUUAUAUCGAGUCACUACAAAUUAUCAACAUCACGCAUAAUCGAAGCCUCUCCAAUUAUGCUUCAACAAUAUCUCGCACACAAGAAGUAUAUCGUGCGACAAGUGCUUGCGGCCGAACUUGACGCGCAGAUGAUCCAAGAUGCCAUGGCAAUUACCUUGUUUCGAAGGUCACAGCCUACGCGUGCACACUUUCGAGCUUGGUCCAAGUCCAACCUGCCCAAUCCUCUCAAAGAAAUUGAUGACCACCUGGUAGGUGAACUGGACAAGUUGUAUCGCCAAAUUCUUCUUUUGGUCGAGGACUAUAUUACCAAAGCCACCGCUUCCAUGGCCCCACAGGCAUAUCUUUGUUUGCCGCAAGUCCGGCAGCCAUCAAUUGAAGGACAUAUUAUGUUCAAAGGCUCAAAGGUGGCACCACGAUUUGAUUCCGACAAACUCACAUUCUCGGAAAGGAAAAGGGUUUUCAAAGCAUUUCUGACGUACGAGCUACUACGCAAGGCCGGUUAUUCCAUUCGUAUUCCCAGGAAGCUACGGAAACGUAAGGUCAGCAAUGCAGAGUAUGAAGCUGUCGGGUGUGUCCACAGCUACGUCUGUUCUCUAUACGGGGCGAUGCUCGCUCAAUGCAACGAUGCUGAUCUCUCAACCGCUUCGGCGGCUCCUCCACUUGGAACUGACACGUUCUCCCCCAUUCCCGAUGCCGUUUAUUUUGCCGCAAAUCCAUGCACUCCUAAUAUACGUUUGUUUACCGACAGCCAUGGCCAUGACAUUGGGGCCAGUUUCUCAACACUUGGACUUGAUCGGCUCACCGAUUUCCUUCGCUACGAUAUGGCUAAGCCAGAGGAAAGAAAAGCCCUCUACAAGCAACUCAAACAUGUCUGGGAGUUUGAAGAGCCCUCUGGCUCUGACGCAUGGGAUAAGAGCUCUCGUCCCUUACUCAAAUCCAAGCCGAAAUACAAAAACGGCGACGAAUCAUCUAUGUACAAGCAACUUUCUUUGCAUCCCGGUGAGAAACUCCGUUACAGGGUGGGUCAGCAACGCGCUUGGGUGUUCUUUGACAACGACCGUUUCUAUCCCCAAGAGAGCCCUGAACGACCGAAUUUCCCAUCGGAAAGGUCCCUUGCGGAGAAGUCGUUCAACCAAGCUUUUUCUAUUAACGACUGGUUUCAUAGCCUGAAAAAUGCCAGAAUUUUACAACGCGGCUAG